GCGAGGACGGAUGCGCGGCGGGCCUCUCCCGCGGCUGGGGCGGGCGGCGUGGGGGCUGCGCCCGGGCUCCCCGCGGUCCCCCGGAGCUGCUCGGCGGUCGGCGCCGGGGGCGGGAGCGCGGUGGGUAGAAGAGAAGCGCGAGGAUGGCGUGAGAUGGAAGCAACUGGAACACAGAGGCCCAUACUUCGCUCCCUCAUAUGAGCCUCUUCCUGAUGAUGUGCACUUCUACUACGACGGAGAGCCCAUGAAGCUGAGCUUAGCCGCUGAGGAGGUGGCCACCUUUUAUGGGAAAAUGUUGGAUCAUGAGUACACAAUGAAGGAAGUUUUCCGGAAGAACUUCUUCAGUGACUGGCGGAAGGAGAUGUCAGCAGAAGAGAGAAAAGUGAUCAGGCGCUUGGACAAGUGUGACUUCACAGAGAUCCACAGGCACUUUGUGGACAGAAGCGCAGCCCAGAAAGCCCUGCCCAGGGAGGAGAAGCAGAAGCUAAAAGAAGAGGCAGAAAAGCUUCAGCAAGAGUUUGGCUACUGUAUUUUAGAUGGUCACCGGGAAAAGAUAGGCAACUUCAAGACUGAGCCCCCAGGGCUGUUCCGGGGCCGGGGUGAACACCCCAAGAUGGGGAUGUUGAAGAGGAGGAUCCGGCCGGAGGACGUGGUCAUCAACUGCAGCAGGGACUCAAAAAUCCCCGAGCCCCCAGCGGGUCAUUGCUGGAAGGAGGUGCGCUCCGACAACACGGUGACCUGGCUGGCGUCCUGGACGGAGAACAUCCAGAACUCCAUCAAGUACAUCAUGCUGAACCCGAGCUCGAAGCUGAAGGGGGAGAAGGACUGGCAGAAGUACGAGCUAGCACGCCGCCUCAAGGGGCUUGUCGGCACGAUCCGGGCUCAGUAUCGGGCUGAUUGGAAGUCUCGAGAGAUGAAGAAGAGGCAGCGAGCCGUGGCCCUGUACUUCAUCGAUAAGCUGGCGCUGCGAGCCGGGAACGAGAAGGAAGAGGGCGAGACAGCGGACACAGUGGGCUGCUGCUCGCUGCGCGUGGAGCACGUCCGGCUGCUUGCGGAGGCCGGUGGCCAGGAGCACAUCGUGGAGCUGGACUUCCUGGGGAAGGACUCCAUCCGCUACUACAACCGCGUGCCCGUGGAGAAGCCCGUGUACAAGAACCUGCAGCUGUUCAUGGAGAACAAGGACCCCGGGGACGAGCUCUUCGACAGGCUGACCACUACCAGCCUGAACAAGCACCUCCAGGACCUGAUGGACGGCCUGACGGCCAAGGUCUUCCGGACCUACAACGCCUCGGCCACCCUGCAGGAGCAGCUGCGCGCCCUGACCCGCGCUGAGGACAACGUGGCAGCCAAGAUCCUCUCCUACAACCGGGCUAACCGAGCCGUGGCCAUGCUCUGCAACCACCAGCGCGCCACCCCCAAGACCUUCGCCCGGUCGAUGCAGAAUCUCCAGCUGAAGAUCGAGGCGAAGCGGGAGCGGGUGGCCGAGGCCAAGGCGGAAGUGGAGAAGGCGGAGGCCGAGCUUGGCGCCGGGGGAGACGGCAAAGGCCAGAGCUUCCUGGAGAAGAGGCGGCGGCUGCUGGGGAGGCUGGAGGAGCAGCUGGGGAGGCUGACCACGCAGGCCACGGACAAGGAGGAGAACAAGCAGGUCGCCCUGGGCACAUCCAAGCUCAACUACCUGGACCCGCGCAUCAGCGUCGCCUGGUGCAGGCGGUUCGCGGUGCCCAUAGAGAAGAUCUACAACAAGACGCAGAGGGAGAAGUUUGCCUGGGCCAUCGAUAUGGCGGGCGAGGACUUUGAAUUCUGACCCGUCUCUGUGUCUCUCCGAAGCGCCUUUUCUGUUUUUCCCCUAUUAAAGCAAUAUUGGGGGCAUUUUGUACAAGGA